CGCGCCCUAUUGGCUGUCUGUUGAAAGGUGCUCCGCCCCUUGGCCCGGAGGCUGCCGGUCCCGCCCCUCGGCCCAGUCCCGAGAUGUGACGCACGCUGCCUCCCUAAAGCCUGCUCUCUCUAGUUCUUGGUGGGAGAAGGGUCCUGUGGGGGGAGGAACGUGAAUUCAGGAUUAGAGUGAUUCGUGGAAGCAGUGAAAGCAGUGAAGAACCCGGCCAGGGAAAGGUGAUUUAUAAAGGAUCGAGGCUGAGGCUGGAACUGGUGUUCUGGCAACAGGGAGGUGUUACAGAUAAGAAAACUGAUUCAGAGAACUGGAGUCCUUUAAUUUUAUGGUCUAAAUUCUUGCCUAUGUCAUCUGUGGAGCACUUAAUAUGCAUUUUAUAUACUUAAGAAUUUUAUGCAUAUUUAUUUAUGUGUAUCUGUACUCAAAACAUACUGCUUUUUCCCAACCAAAACAUUAGCAGGGAAUAUGUACUGUAUAAUAUCUUCGUGACAUUUGCAUCUAUCAUACAGAUAUUUGGUAGUGACAAUGUUUUAUUGUAACCAGGAGGACAAGAAGAGUGUCUUAAUCCUGUUUUACUUCAGAAAGGCUUCCAACCAGAAAUACGAGCUAUCCAUAUUGUAUUAGGGAGAAAAAGCACAAAGUCAAGAAACAGUUUCAGAUUGCCCAAUUGCAUAUUUAUUUCUUCUUUCAACAAGUAUUUAUUAAACACCUAUUGCAUGCCAGACACUUCUCUAGCCACUGGAGAUAGAGUAGUAAACCAGAGAAAGAAGGCAGUCACCAAAGAUGGUAUGCGUUUUUCCUCAUGAAAUUUAUGUUCUGGUGUGAAUUUUCUCCAAACAUUAAAAUGAACUGUGUUAUACUGACUCAGGAAUAAACAAUAGAUUAAUGAUAUUAAGUAGAGUCCAAAAAUAUACCCUGUGUGUAUGUUUGUAAGUUAUCUACACUAACUUAUUAACACUAUAUUACCAUAUCCACAUUUCAGAUUGUUUUAUUAUGUUCUAAUUAGGACCAGUUACCUCAACAAUUUAUGACUGCUAUGGGUAUUUGUUCUUUUAUUCCCAGUUUAUAACCUCAUCUAAUUUAAAAUAUUUGGCUAGAUUCCUAUCUCAUCGUUCAUAAAAAAUACUUUGCUGUUGAAGAUACAAGUAAAAAAAAAAUGCAUAGAAAUACUAAAAAGUUUAAGAGCAUUUUUUAGCUCUUAAUUAAGGUAAACAGAAUUUUUCUAAGCAUGACAUAAGGCAGAAGUCAUAGAGGAAAACAAUUUUUAUGUAUGAUUACAUAAAAAUUACAAGACUAUGGAAAAAAUAAUACCAUAAUCAAACUUUAAAAAUAAGUGGCAGUGAAGGUGAAAAUUUUACAGCCAAUAUAAAAGACAAAAGGUUCAUAUCCAUAUAUGAAAAACUUCUGUAAAAGAAUAAAACAAACUAAUUAAAAAAUAGUCAAAACAUAGGAACAGAAAGUACAUAAAAGAAAAAAUGGCCAGUGAACAUAAAAUGUGGCUCACCUCCUUAAUACUCAAAGAAGCAAAACAAUGGUAUAUUUUACAUUUAACAUUGGCAAUAAUAAAAGAUUGUGUUGUGUGUGGCUGAGGCAUGAGGAUCCCAACUUCAAGCCAAGCCCGAGAAACUUAGCAACUUAGUGAGAUCUAGUCUCAAAAAAUAAAAAGGGCUGGAAAUGUACCUCAGUGUGAAAGCCCUGGGUUCAAUCCCCAGUACCAGGCAAAAAAAAAAAAAAGAAAAGAAAAAGAUAACGUGUGUAAGUGAAGUUAUAGAAGUAUAAAUCAGAAUAUUUUCUUUGGCAAAAAGUUGAUAGAAUCAUAUCAAAAUUUGAAAAUUGUGUAUACUCUAUGUCUCAGCCAUCCAACAUCAAGGAAAAUUCAUCCUACAGAAAUAAUAACAUGAGUACGUAAAGACAGUGAUACUCAUUGAAGCAUCGGUUAUAAUAACAACCUGAAUUAUCUCCAGUAAAAGGGAUGUUUAUAUAUAAUAUAUAUAAUAUAUAAUAUAUACAUUGGGGGGGGGGGUACUAGGGCUUGAACUGGUCCUUGUGCUUGCACAGCAGGUGGCGAAACCACUGAGCUAAAUCCCCGGCCCUAAAUAUAUUUUGAUAUGCUCUUUCAAAGGAAGUAUAAUAUAACAGCCAUUGAAAAGAAGGAGAUAAUUACACGCACUGUCUUGGAAAGUUUUGUGGCUAUUGUGUACUAGAGUUGUACUGGGUUUUGUUAAAAUAUUUUCAGUAAAGUUUUAAUGAAUUAUAUUUUACCUAAUAAAAGAUAAUUUUUAGAUUUUUGUAUUAUGCCUAAUUCUUCAAUAUAAAGAAUGGACCAUGAUGCCAGAUAUAAAGAAUAGAUAGCUAAAAAAGUGAAUUAUUCUAGAAUUGUGCAGAUUAGAGAGGGUAAAUGUGUAAUUCCUAGCACAGUUCCUGAUUCUUAGUACAUAAUCACCAUACUCAACUAUAACUGUUGCAUGUAGCUAGAGUGACCUAGAAUUCUUUUAGCGUUACACUUGGCUACAAAAAAGUUUCCCUAUAAGGAAAACAAACAAACAAAAUCUACCCUUCUUAAGGCAAAAAAAAGGUGAUUAAGAAAUGAAGCCAAUAGGUACAGACUCAAGGAUAUUAUCUGUAGCUGCUGAAGUUGCCAAAAGUCCUGAACAGAAUGUGCCUAUUAUUUUGUUGAAGAUAAAUGAAAUAAUAAACAACACACCAUUAGGAAGCUCAGAGUUGAAGAAAAUCAAACAAGAUAUAUAUUGUUACGACCUCAUUCAGUAUUGCCUCUUGGUCCUCGGGCAAGAUUAUUCUCGAAUCCAGGGUGGUUGGACUACAAUUUCUCAGCUUACACAGAUAGUAAGCCACUGUUGUGUGGGCUUAGAGCCAGGAGAAGAUGCAGAAGAAUUUUACAAGGAAUUACUUCCAUUGGCUGCAGAAAAUUUUCUAGUUUUGGGGAGACGAUUGCAAGCAUGUUUUGUCAAUGCAACUAAGGGUGAAGAAAAAGAUGAAUUACUACACUUUUUCCAAAUUGUGACUGCUUCUCUCUUAUGGCUGUUGGGAGGCCAUGUUCAACUCAUACAGAAUGUACUACAAAGUGAUCAUUUCUUACACUUACUGCAAUCUGAUAAUGUUCAAAUAGGAUCUACAGUCAUGAUGCUGCUACAGAAUAUAUUACAGAUGAACAGUGGUGAUCUACUCAAAGUAGAAGGCAAAGCUCUGCAUUCUAUUUUAGAUGAAGUCAUUUCCAAGCUUUUAUCAACCCCUAGUCCGCUCAUAAGAAGUACUGCUAUGAAGCUUCUACUGUUGAUGGCUCAAUCCCAUCAAGAAAUUUUUAUUUCACUGAGACUAAGUCCUUGCUACAAAGGACUCAGAAAUCUAAUAAGUAAACAAGGAAUUGGGACAGAAUUUAGUCAAGAACUUGAACAGCUCAUUGGCCUUUUAAGCCCUAAGAUCUAUCAGGAAGUAGAAGAGCAGAAACUACAUCAAGCAGCUUGCUUGAUUCAAGCUUAUUGGAAGGGCUUCCAGACUAGAAAAAGAUUUAAGAAGCUUCCAUCUGCUGUGAUUGCUUUGCAGAGGAGUUUCAGAUCUAAAAGAACAAAGAUAUUGCUGAAGCUAACUAGGCAGAAGGAAGAAAACGAUCUCAGAUUACAAUUGCAAAUUGAAAGGCAGAGAGCGAUGAGACUUUCUCGAGAAUUACGGCUUAGUAUGCUUGAAAUAGUUCACCCAGGUCAAGUGGAGAAAUACAAUCAGGAGUUGGAAGAGAAAUCAGCAUUAAUUAUCCAGAAGCAUUGGAGAGGGUACAGGGAAAGGAAAAAGUUCCACCAACAGAGGCCAUCUCUCACAGAGUAUAAAGCAGCGGUCAUACUUCAAAGAGCAGUUCUUAAAUUCCUAGCAAAGUGCCAUAAGAAAAAGAAACUAUCUGCCCCUUGGCAAGGACUCCAAGAACUCACUGAUACACACAGAGUUCAACUGAAGCAACAAGUGGAUGACUAUAUCAGAAGACAUCCAGGCUCUCAAAUGUCAGAUGGGGCCAGCAAGGAGCUCCAUGCCCAAGCUCAAGAACGGCUGCAACACUACUUUAUGAGCAGGGCCCUCGAAGAGAGAGCCCAGCAGCACAGAGAGGCUCUGAUGGCUCAGAUCAGCACCAGUAUUGAACAGCUAAUGAAGGCACCAACUCUGAAGGACGCAGAAGGGAAAGAACCUGAGCUCUUCCUAAGUAGAUCCAGACCUGUGGCAGCCAAGGCCAAACAGGCCCAUCUCAUUACCCUGAAGCACACACAAGCACCCUGGUGGAAGAAGCUUGGGGAAGGACCAGGCGAUGAGACUGAUAUUCCAAAGGAUGAGCUUACCAUAGAAUUAGGAACCUUAUUCAUUGGUGGAACAAACCCCCUUAGGGAAUUACCCUGAAAAUUGACACUAAUCUCAUAAUUCAGGAAACUAUAUUGGUUCUUUUCUGGUAUCCUGGUAGCCUAAGACUUACCUAACUUGUGAUUUUCCAGAGAUUUCUUUCCAAAAAAGAUUUAUGGGAAGUAAGCAAAGAGUUAUCAUCUACCUCUCAAUUCUCAUUUUACUUUCUCCACAUCCCUGUCUCUGGCCAUACAUACAGAUUUGUGUUGCUUUUAUUGUGGCACUAGGGCACUAGACUGAUCAUGGCAUUGUGUUAACAUAAAAUAUGAAAUUUAUUUCAUUUUUGCUAUCUUCCUGUGAAAGUUUUUUUAAAUAUAUAUAUUUGGGGAUGGGGGGGUACCGGGAAUCAAACUCAGAACCUUGAGCUUACAGGGCAGGCACGGGGCCACUGAGCUAAAUCCUCGGCCCUUUUUAAAAUAUUUUUAACAAUUGUUCUGAAAAACUUGAGAUUAUUUCAACUUUUCACAUUUGUGAUUUAGAAUUCCUGUAUUAUUAUUAUUAUUAUUAUUAUUAUUAUAUUAUUAUUAUUAUUAAUGUGUUUUGGUCAUUAUUAAGGUGAGGAAAAGCAGAGGUCAAUAGAAGGACUUCACAGUUUUGUAUAAAAAAUGGUUGAACUUAAUUUCUAUUCUUUUAUUUCUAAAAGGAACUACACACACACACAAAUCUAACCAGGAUUCAAUGCAAGAAAAUUUCUCCACCUAAAAUUGCAUUCUUGUUAUUAAACUAUGAAAAAUACA